AUGGAACCAAGGCGGGCCUUGGGCCUUCCCGAGUCCCUGGCGCCCACAGCGGCGCGCAUGACCGAGCUCCUCCAUGACACCGAUGACCGCGUAGCGCGGGCGGCCAACCUUCUGUCAAUGAAGCGUUUGCGGCUCAUUGCCUCGCCGCAUCCCUCCAUCAACAGUCAGGCAGCAGAGGCUCUACGCAGCCGAGGGGUUUUGGUAGGAAGCUCGGCCACAUGGUUCUUCGGAAUGGAGGGCAUUCAGCAUCAGUUCCCGUUGGUGCUGGAGGAACUGAGCAAGGCGGCGAACGCAGGUGCCUUGAACCACUGGUUUGGAGGUCCUCGGGCUGGUCGCUAUGCGGUUGUCACUACAGAGGAGCUCUGGCAAUGGGGGAUGAUGAAUGUCUUCCAGACGCUGCACUUCCUACAGGACCAGCUGCAGAUGGUCUUGGAUCAGAUGGGGGAGGAAGGCCGUCGACUCCGUGAAAGCCUCGGAGAUAGCAGAGAUAGCAGAGACAUAGCAACGCGCCGGCCCACAGAGCACUUCCACGAUACUCCCUUUCUCUGCAUGCCCUGCAUGCUGAGGCGUUGA